AAAAAGUGGGUGGUUCAGGGUGGUUGCAGAACUCAUGUCAGCUGUCAGUUGAUUGUCACCUUACUCCUAUCCUAUUGGUGUUGGUGUUGCGUACGUAAUUAAUAAUUCCAUUCUCUUUAGUCAAAUUGAUACAAGAACAAAGGAAAAUAUUUACAAAUAAGAACUAAUCAGUAUUUAACAGUUUCGUGAAGUGAAAAUUAAUUAAAAUGUCGGACCACAGGUACAUUAGCAACUCGAAUAACUUAUUCGAAGACGACGAUGUUGACAAUGACACAUUUGUGCAAAGUUAUAGAUCAAAAUUACCUCAACCCGCGAGAAAUCCCGUCAAUACUCCUUAUGGGGGGCAUAUGGCAGAACUGGAAAAACAAAGACAGGCGAUGUUACAAAGACAAAAGGAAAUCGAACAACGGACUCUAGACUCCUCAAUAAGAAGUAUUGGCCUUCUACACGACAGUGAAACUAUUGGUAUCGCUACAGUUGAAGAACUGGCGAGACAGCGAGAACAGCUGCAGAACACCAAUCGGAGAUUAGAUGAAAUCAAUACAAAUCUUCACUACAGUCAGAAACAUUUAAAUGGUAUAAAAUCAGUUUUCUAUGGCUUAAAAAAUUAUAUAUCGGGUAAAUCAGAUCAAACACCUCCAAGAAGUCAGACCUCACCUGAUAGCCUCAAUUCGAAAGCUGGCACUAGUAGUAAAUUGGAUGAUUCUUUAGAUAACACACCCAAAUUAAGUGCUGAAGAUCGCUUCAAUAGUCAUCCAUCUACACGAUUGAGAGGCUUAAACCAAGAGCAAGCUAGUGCACCAAUAUCAGAUAGCCAGCGUAUUAAUGAAAUGUUAGAUGCAAACUUGGAUGAGAUGGUACAGCACAUAACUAGACUUAAAGGACUUGGCAGUGCUCUUGGUGAAGAAAUCGACUCACAAAAUAAGCUUAUAGAUACAAUACAAGACAAAGUUGAGGUUGCAGAUAUCAAAAUUGGGAAGCAAAACAAGCAGAUAAACAAAAUUUUAGGAAAAUAAUACUUAUCUGAAAUGAAACUUUUAGUUAAUAUACAUAUAUUAUGUAUACAAAUAAAUAAUGUAUUCACAUGGUAUAGUUAAGCAUAGUGAUUGUUUGCAAUACUUUUAUAUAUGUAUAAUUUUAGUUACACCUCACUGAU